CCGUGGCAGCAUCUCUACAUCACACCCUCUUACAGGUGCUCACACUCUUCACUUCACCUGAACAGCAGAGCAGGAGACUGAUCACUGCUGAUCUGAAGGGUUUUGUUUGUUGGACAAUCCGUGGACUCACUAUUCAGGUUUUGUUCUGUCAUCAGACAAAGAGCCAGCAUGUCGAUGGGCAUGGAAAUUGUGGGCAUUGCCCUCGGAGUCCUUGGAUUUAUCAUUGCAAUAGUGACAUGUGCCCUGCCAAUGUGGAGGGUGACAGCCUUCAUCGGAGCCAACAUUAUCACUGCUCAGACUAUCUGGGAGGGUUUGUGGAUGAACUGUGUCACCCAGAGCACUGGCCAGAUGCAGUGCAAGGUCUAUGACUCAUUGCUGGCCCUGCCUCAGGAGCUGCAGGCCUCCAGAGCGAUGACCAUCAUCUCCAUCAUACUCGGGGUGCUAGGGGUCAUGAUCUCCAUCGUUGGCGCCAAGUGCACAAACUGCAUCGAAGAUGAGCCAUCCAAAGCCAAAGUGAUGAUCAUCGCAGGUAUCUUCUUCCUCCUUGCUGGCCUUUUGGUCCUCAUUCCCGUCUCCUGGACUGCCAGCGUCAUCAUCCAGGAUUUCUACAACCCCCUCCUGACCAACGCACAGAGGAGGGAGCUGGGGGCAUCCCUCUACAUCGGCUGGGGAGCGGCUGCCCUGCUCCUCAUUGGUGGGGCGAUGCUGUGCAGCAGCUGCCCGCCAAAAGAGAAGAAGUACAAGCCACCCCGGAUGGCGUACUCCGCCCCACGCAGCGUCAGUGCAGGUGGAGGGUACGACAGGAAAGACUAUGUUUGAACAGCCCUGAAGUGUCUAGCUGAUUGAUUUGGAAAGUAGGAUACAAUGAAAAUAUUUGUUGCACAUGAGUGUUUUUGUAUGUGUGUGUGUGUAUGUGUUUGUGUCUGAAACCACAGGGUGAAUCCCACGGAAAGACUCCGAUAUGAAGAUGUAUGUACAAAUAUUGAUCUUUCUGCUUUGCUUUCGGCUGACAUUUUUAUUUACAUAAUUUUAAUCCUCUUGCUCUGCUAUAAUCCAGCAGGUGUGUGUUGUCAAAGAGGCUCUCGAGCAUGAGAGAGCCAUCAAGUUUACCAGCAAAAAAUAAGUUUAUUCUUUUUAAAUGUUAAACUGUGUCCCUCUGAGAACGAUAUAUUUAUACUAAAACGUCUGUGGCAUUAUGUGAAUUUGAAAACUAUGUGCUACUUGUUUGUGUGGUUCUAUCCUUAGCCAGCUGGUGUUGUGUUUCACUGAAACUCUCGGUCAAAAAGCUGUGUGUCACUUCACUGACAAUAACAAGGAAGAGCCAACUCUCAUUUUACAUGGAUUUGGUUGUGUGAUUGUGAGUGUUCAGAGUGUGUGCGUACACGGCUAUGUGGGUGUGUGUGUUUUGCAUGUAAUAUUUGCUUAGGAGAGUUUCUGCUGAGGGUGAAACUAAAGAUGGAUCCUUGAUAUGGCCUCGGGUAACAACUUUAUCUUCUUCCUCACAGUUUCACAGUUUUAGGCCACAGAGACUUUCAGUUGGCACGCAAGGUCUGACUUUUUACGUGUCCAUAUGUGUUUAUUUUACAUUUCUGUGACAAAAUGUAUUUGUAAUGUAUUCUUAAUAUCAUAUUAUUCCACUGUGUUUGCAUUUCAAAUAGAUUUGUAUUGAUGUGUCUUCAUUUCAAACAUUUUUAUAUAUUUUUUUCUAUUAUUUGAAAUUUUAAGCAACAGCUUGCACAGUCUUCUGUACAUCAAACAAAGAACCAAAGGAGGUCUUUAGUGUGUGUGUGUGUUUGGGUGUGGGUGUGCGUGUGUGAGAUGCCCUGAGGGAACCACAGCUACAGCUGUUGGAGGAUUUCUAGAUCAGCUGGAUGUGUUUUGUGUGUGUAACAGAAACAUUUUAGUAAUCCAUCUCCAUCAGUUUUAAGAAUAAUUUGUGUUUAAUUUUACUUUUUACUUUUUUACUUUGGAUUUACUCAAACACUGUUCCAAGCGUGAUUAAAUGUUUUAUAGUAGUACUUGAUUUCAAUAAAAGUCAUAUCAAGAA